AUGGAAGCGGAGGAAAAGAAAAAAAAAGAAGAGGAGGAGUUGAAAAAGAAAAAGGAGGAGGAAGUUGAGAAAGAAAGAAAGAAGAAGGAAGAAGAGGAAGCUAGACAAUGUAUUAUUUGUGUCGAUAAAUAUACUGCGGAGGCAAAGAUCGAUGGAUGUGAACACACUUUUUGUUUUGAUUGUAUCCACGAGUGGAGCAAACAAACCAACAGUUGUCCACUAUGUAAAAAUAAAUUUAAAACAAUAAGAAAAGUUCAAACUGGAAAGGGUAAGAAUGUUGUUAGAGUAGCGAACAAGGAACAAAAGGCAGAGUAUUCGCCUGAGGAGUUGGAGAGACUGAUUGGCUACGAGUAUGGCGAUGAAGAUGAGGAAUUUGAAUUUGAUGACGACGACGAUGACGACUAUGAUUCUGACGAUUCGAUCGAUGAUUUCAUCGACGAUGACUCUGACCAAGACGAUGCAGAUGCAAGUUUCAAUCUUGCCUCCUAUUUCCCUGGUGCAAAUGUUAGACAUUUGGGUGGUAGACUUUUCACUCUAAGAGCGGUAAGACGACCACUGGUAGCACAGAGUACAGCCAACAAUCCAAUCAAUCUCGAUGAAUCUUUGGAUAUUGCAUUCGAUGUAGACAGACACUAUGCAGAGGAGGAUGAAGACGAUGACGAUGUUGUCGAUCUCAAUGAUUUGGAUCUUUUGGAUGGUGAGGACAUUGAUGACGAACACGAUUCAUACAUUGACGAGUACGAAGAGGAGGCUAUCGAAGACAGUGCAUCAGAUUCGGAACUGGAGAAACAUCUCGCUCAUAACGGUGACUGUGGUGGUUGUGGCGAUUGUGAUUGGUGUCUGGAGGGUGAUGAUCUCUACCCGGAACUCAAUGAAUUUCCAGCCAAUGGCAGAAGCAGACGUCAAGCAAAUGCCCAAGUUAAACCAGACUCUGACAGUUCACCUAUUUCAUUGAUUUCUGACGAUGAAAAUGAAAGUGAAGAAGAAGAGAUGGCCAUUUCUUCAGAAGAUGACAGUGAUGUGGAAGAAGAAGAAGAUCAAAAGUUAGAACAAAAGAAAAAGAAGGAAAAGAAGGUUAAAGAUAUAUCUUCCGAAGAAGGUGAAGACAGUUUGGACUCUGACGAUGAAGUCUUUUUAUCAAAGAGAAAAGAUAACCCUAGCUCUGAGGAUGAAGAUUUCCUAGUCAACAGUGACAGUAGCACUAAAAGUGGAAACAGCACCACCUUGAAAAGAUUAAGAAAGCGUUAA